AUCCUUAGGUCGUUCCUAUUGCAGAAAUUAGCCGUGCUAGGUCCUUGUGCUUUCCUUUACUGUGCUGUAUUUCCAAAGGGGACCUGGGAGAGUGCAAAAACUGAAAAUAUACAUUUUUCUUUUCAAGCGUAUAGCCUCUGAGAAGGAAAACAUACAAAAUGGGCAAAGUAAAAGGCGGAAUGAUAUGUGUCAAAUAUCUGCUCUUUAUGUUCAACUUUACGUUUUGGCUGUCAGGCUCCUUGGUGCUAGCAAUUGGAUUGUGGCUGCGGUUUGACUCUAACACCACUUCUAUUUUUGAAUUGGAGAACUCCCCUUACAGCUACUAUGUUGGUGUGUACAUCCUGAUCGGAGCUGGAGGACUGAUGAUGCUGGUGGGAUUUUUCGGAUGCUGUGGUGCUGUAAGAGAGUCACAAUGCUUGUUGGGAUCGUUUUUCGCCUGUCUCUUGGUUAUCUUUGCGGCAGAAAUAGCAGCUGGCGUGUUUGGAUUCAUGAACAAAAACAAGAUCAUUGAAGAAAUUAAGAGUGUGUACACUGCAGCGGCAAACGACAAUCAAAGUGAUAACAGCACCCUGAUAGUUUUUCAUGAAGCUCUCCAGUGCUGUGGUACCAUUGAGAAAAAAACCCAGAUGUGUAGCAGUGAAUCAGAAUCAAAGUUGAAGGACUGUCCCACAGAAAUAGAGAACUUUUUCAAUGCCAAACUCUACAUCAUCGGAUAUGUUGGGAUCGGAAUUGCUGGAGUGAUGAUCAUUGGAAUGGUUUUCAGCAUGGUACUGUGUUGUGCGAUACGGAACUCAAGGGAAGUGAUCUAGCCUCACUCACACCCCACCCCCACACCUAUGGCCUGUGCUGGACUCAAGAGCCUCUGUAACAAACUUUUCCAAAUUGACUGUCCGGUGCAGCUAGCUGGAGAACUGGGGAGCCUUCUCAUCCUCUAUGGCACAAUAAAGUCAAUGAGGGCUUCCAAACAAAACACUUCUUAUUGCUCUUAUUACUGGAUGGUUUCACGAGACAGGCAUAUCCUGUGCUCUUUUGGAAUAAAAUACUCCAGAUUUCGUCCACCUUCCUUAUCACUGUAAGUUACCCAUAUUAUUCACUGCCACCGAAAACACUCAUCUUAUGUUGUCUGCAGGACCACACAUUAUACAACCUCUUUGACAAACUACCACAGCAUUCACACAAAAAUUGAAUUUACUCAAUGUGAUAAGGAUGUAUAUAGGUAGGUGGCACCAGUUUGUAAACAGGUGCUGAAACCUUUUAAACAUACAGUACACAAUAUUCAUAUUAAAAUAUAUUCAGAUAGUUCACCAAGUCCUCCUGUAGAGCUCCUAAUCUGUGCCUUAGAAAAGUGAAGAAAUUCAAAGUGAAUGACCUCCAAAAUAAGGUGUUUAAUUUCUGAAGUGUGAUAUCUGCAAUGUGGAACAAGCCAUCAGAGAACAUAAUGUGCAUUCAUGCCAAUGGAGAAUGCUGAAUUCUAUUCAGACUUGAAACACUGUACAGUAGAGUGUAGGCCUGUUUGGCUUCACUGUUUGUUUUAAAUCUCAUCCGCCUGCUCCACAUACCAGACUAAAUUCUUUGUAUAAUCCCUGUGUGUUUUUUAUGGACGGUGGACAGGCUAGUGCCAAGAACCAGCCCAGUUAGACAAAAGGCCCCCCUGUUCUCCAGCUAACCUUCCACAGGCAGCCAGAGGCCUCUCCUCACAGCAGGUAUGCAUUAAUGGUGCCCUCACUUCGGUCCUUCACAAGAGUUGCCCAGCCUAGCGGAAAAGCAUGCUGCCAGAAUGGGUUUCAUAACAUCACUGCAGGACUUGGGUCUCGUGAUGACAGCUUAUCUGAGUCAAUUUGAAAAAGCAACAAAUCUCUGACAUUAUUAUGAGCAUGUUGAGAAUUCAGAGGUUUCACAUGAACCGUGUCGUGGAGUGUUUUAAAGAAGGAAUUUAGAGGAGAGUUAUAGUUUGCAGAUUUCUUUUUUGUAAAAGGGUUGUGCCUCAACUGAAGGCGUUAUAUCACGUCAGUACAUGGACAUGUUAGUACACUUAUAGAUCACUUACAGUAGGUUAACCAGCAUUGUGGUGGAGUUAUUCCUUUAGUGUUUUUAGAUCCACAGCUACAAACUGCGAGUCACGCCAUCCUACACAAGUUGGCUCUUCUCUGUAACAGUCCAAAAGGUAUCUUUGAACAAUAGUAACCUCAAUGGAGGAAUGUUCCUCUAUGGAGGAAAGCUAAGAAAUGUUUGAAAUUUCUCGUGAUUCAAUUAAGAGCUCAAAACUUCCUGGUUUCUGUGCCUUUCAAAAAUAAAGCCGCUGUUUCUAGGGGGAAAAAGCAGCAUUUCUUAUUCGGAUGACUCCUUCAUCUAAUCAAUGUCUGUUCUUGUGAGUGUUGAGAUUUCAUCUGGGCCCAAUGAAGAUCGGUGUAUUUUGUGUGAUUUGUGUUUUUUCUUGUUAGUUCGUAAAAUAGUUGAAAUGGAAUGUACUGUUGACCUAACCUAGAGGCAGCUUAUGUUGAGCAUAGACUGUGUUUGAUAAUGUAAAAAGUUUUGAUUGUCAGCAUGUCUUUUGAAAAUGUAUCUUUUACUGAAUCUAAGUGAUUUCCUCUAUUUUACACAAUCCUUUUAAAUUAUAGAAAUAUUACCAAAAAGUUCAAAUAACAUCAGUUUGGCCAAUCGCCCUACAGACAUCACGAAGUAUUCUUCUGGUGAAAAGUGUAACUGAAAAUGCUGUGUCAUUUUCCCACUGAAAACCUUCAUAAGUAAAGCAAUUUUUGUGGCAUAAAUUUGCUUUCAUCAAGACAGAAUGUACUACAGGGAGGAACUUAAUGUUCCUGUAUUGAUUGGGAGUAGAAUCUAGAAUAAUAAAGUACAGCCAAUAAUGCACCAUAGGCAUUUAUAACUUUAGACUGUAGCCAAGUCUUGAUGUAAGUUUUUAUGUACCUUAUUUCAAGUCUGCAGUGGUAAUUAAGUCUACAUUCUGCAAUUGAAAACAAAUAGAUCAAAAGAACAUUUAUGAGAGAGGUGGUCAUUUGGCCCAUCAAGCCUGUUUGGUAGUUAAUAACUCAUUGAUCCAAGGACCUCAUCCAGCCGUGUCUUAAAAGCAGCCAAAGUAUUGGCUUCAAAAGCUUUGCUGUGGAGCUCACUCCAGAGUCCCUCCUGUUCUAAGUGCACCUCCGCAUGGUUUCGCUUGCGCCCUCUAGUUUGUAUUGGGUUCAGGCCGACCUUGUCAAAGCUCUCGAGGAAAAUUGCUCAGUGUUCUGUCGGGUACAAGUGAAUUUCACGCUGGUGCAUGAGAAAGCUGAGAGGUGUGCAUCGAUAAUUACAGCAUCAACAGAGUUGCUGUAUAUGGUAUUUCUGCAGCAAGUUAAAAGAAUUAAUGAAGUCCCAUUUGUAUUAGCUAAAUAAAUAUUUUUUUGUAGAAAUGUUUAAAAUAUAAAUUAAUCAUACAGAAACUUGCAUUCAUUUUUGCCUGUGAGUGUCUUUAGUUAGAGUGAAAAUUCUUCUUGAGGUAUUAGGUUAGUUUUAUACCAUCAUUCCUUGAUAAAUGCAUGUUCUGGGUUGGAAGAAUAAAGUAAUCUGAGAUGUGAAGUACUGUAUGCAAGCAGAAAAAAUCUUACUGUUGAUUUAAUUAAAUUAUUUGAUGGCUCAUUUAUCUGAAAAUUCAAUUGGAAUUCAAGCUUCUCAGGAAGAUGUGCAAAAAGUAAUAAACUUUUUAAACAUUU